AUGGAGAACAAAGACGUCUUUGAUGCUAGGACCACAAUGCUCUCGCCACCAGAGCCAACACUCCAGGACAGCUUCUCUCGCAAACCAUCUGGACACUCAAUGGACUUCGUCAUGACCGGACUUCACCCAAUGCCAAUUGUCAGAGGUCAAGCUCCUCUCUCGCCGCCAAUAUCACCAGAGACGAAGCUCAUCAACCCUGAGAGCCCAGCUUCGAUCAACGUUCGAGACCCGAUCCUCUUCCCUCAUCAAGAUUCAUCCUCUCAACCUCCGCUAUUCACCAGCGAUCCUCAUCGAGUCGUGGACGAACAUGUGGCUGCAAGAGAGUUGAGCACAUUCAGAGAAUUCUCGCCCCCUCGUCGAGUCGAAUACGAACUUGCGCUUGAGUUCAAGUCGCGGAUUGCGGAGGCGUACAACGUGGACAGGAAACGAUGGGCUCGUAGGGAAUUCGCACAACUGAAGGAGGAUAACAUGCUGAAGCACGGAGGCAAGCGAUAUACUGCAAUUGCUCCUGCCUCUGGUAAUCGGAAUGGUCAGAGAGCCAUCAAGCCACCUCGUCCUACCGUAAUCAAGACAAUUAGGACUCCCAAGGCAACCGUACCAAGGGGAACCACACCAGAGUCAAGCAAGAGAGUCGCACGUGAGGACAAAGACUUCAGCUCUCUUCCUGACUUUUGCCCACCUCUCUCCAGCCUUCCGAACAAGCCAAAUUCUCUCAAGGUUGAUUGGAAAGGCGCUCCGAUUGAUCUGAAAUUUGAUCCUCACGCACACCUUCUCCACCCCGACGAAAUCGCCCUUGCCGCUAAUCUGCGUCUCGAUUGCGCCACUUACCUCACCUCGAAGCGACGAAUUUUCAUCAAGAGAAUCGAAGCUUUCCAAAUUGGUAAAGAGUUCAGAAAGACUGAUGCUCAACAGGCUUGCAAGAUUGACGUCAACAAGGCAAGCAAGUUGUGGCAGGCAUUCGACAAGGUCGGCUGGUUGGACCCUAAGUGGAUCAAGAAGCACCUCAACUAA